CCCUCUUCUUCUUCUCCUUUACUGUAACUCGUCAAAAUUUACACGGUCUUUCGUUAAAUUGUGUUUUUUCGCCUAUAAAAGAAAAGUGACGAAUUAAUUUUUUUCAAUUUAUAAAAAAUUUUCAUUGGAAAAAAUUUAUUUCUUUUAAUCAAAAGACAGAAAUAUAAAAGAGUAAAAUUUAGGCGAGAGAAAUUCGUAUUAAAACCUAUAAGAAGAAAAUUUUACGAAGCAGUACCACCAAUAGAAACAAGGAAAGCCCGAGAAGAAAAAACAUGGCAGAAGGUGGAAAUAAUAGAAUAUUGGUGAAUGUAAAAACACCAAAAGAUAAGAAAAUUAUCGAAGUAGACGAGGAUUCCACAAUUAAGGAUUUUAAAGCUUUGGUUGCGGAAAAAUUCGAAGCCGAUAUUGAGCAAUUGGUAUUGAUUUUUGCUGGCAAAAUCAUGAAAGACACAGAUACGUUAAAAACGCACAAUAUUAAAGAUGGCUUGACGGUCCACUUGGUUAUUAAAACAAAAAGUCGUAGCGCAGACGCACCGCAACGUCCGCCGGCUGAUGUACGGCAAACACCGUUUGGUCUUAAUACUUUAGGCGGUUUGUCCGGCGUGGAAGCCUUGGGGGCCGGUUCCGGAAGUUUUAUGGACUUGCAAGCUCGUAUGCAAAGUGAAUUAUUGAAUAAUGGCGAUUUGUUGCGUACCAUGUUGGAUAAUCCAUUGGUUCAACAAAUGAUGAAUAAUCCGGAUGUUAUGCGUCAAUUGAUUACGUCGAAUCCUCAAAUGCAGGAUUUAAUGCAGCGUAAUCCUGAGAUAUCGCAUAUGUUAAAUAACCCAGAAUUGUUACGUCAAACUGUGGAAUUGGCGCGUAAUCCGUCGAUGUUGCAAGAGCUAAUGCGUUCGCACGAUCGCGCCCUAUCGAAUUUAGAAAGUGUACCGGGUGGUUAUAAUGCUUUACAGCGCAUCUAUCGCGAUAUACAAGAACCGAUGCUAAACGCUGCUUCAGAAUCAUUUACACGUAAUCCAUUCUCCGGUCUUGUGGAUAGCAAUUCAAGUGGCACUAAUCCCCAACAGGGUACUGAAAAUCGCGAGCCAUUACCCAAUCCGUGGGGCGGCCGCGGCAAUACCACCGGUGGUGGUGCUAGUGCUUCUGGCGGUGCUAAUCCUGAUUUGCCACCACGUGGCAUUUUAAAUACGCCUGCUAUGCAAAGUUUAAUGCAGCAAAUGGCCGAAAAUCCUACGCUUAUGCAAAAUCUUUUAAAUGCUCCAUAUACGCGACCCAUGAUGGAGGCCAUGUCCCAAGAUCCGGAUAUGGCGUCGCGCCUGCUUAGCACAAGUCCUAUGUUGGCUAAUAACCCGCAAUUGCAAGAUCAGGUGCGUCAAAUGAUGCCUCAGUUUAUGGCUCAAAUGCAAAACCCCGAAGUGAUGAAUAUGUUAACUAAUCCGGAAGCCAUAAAUGCCAUUAUGCAAAUACAACAAGGUAUGGAACAAUUGCGAUCAGCAGCUCCAGGUUUGGUAGGUUCAUUAGGUGUACCUCCCCCACCAGUCGGCAAUACUAAUGUGGACACUAAUACAACAAAUACUAACACUAUGACAAAUACGGGAGGUAGCGGUACUAAUCCAACUACUGCCCCAGGCGGAGGUCCUAAUGCUCAGUUAUUCAAUGAUUUCAUGACACGCAUGCUGAAUGGCAUGACCAUUACAGCGGAUAACACACAACCGCCUGAAGUGCGUUAUCAGUCACAAUUGGAACAAUUGGCCGCAAUGGGUUUUGGUAAUCGCGAAGCUAAUUUGCAGGCCUUAAUUGCCACUUUUGGUGACAUAAAUGCCGCGGUCGAACGAUUACUAUCUUUAAAUCAGUUAUCUUUAAGUUAACGUUCUUAAACUACUUAACGUGAUACGGUUCCGGUUGGGAGAGUAUGUGUGUGUGCGUAAAUAGCCUUUUCCUACACCAUCCGUGGAUAUCUUCAUUUUCCUAUUUUGUAAAGAGGACACAUACAGAAAAAAAAAAAAAAAAAAA